AUGAAGAGAGAUAAUCAGAGUAGUGUGUCUGAAUUCAUCCUCCUGGGGCUCCCCAUCCAGCCAGAGGAGCAAGGCAUGCUCUAUGCCCUGUUCCUGGCCAUGUACCUGACCAUCGUGCUGGGGAACCUGCUCAUUAUCCUGGUCAUCAGGCUGGACUCUCACCUCCACACCCCCAUGUACUUCUUCCUCAGCCACUUGGCUUUCACUGACAUCUCUUUCUCAUCAGUCACAGCUCCAAAGAUGCUGAUGAAUAUGCUGACACAGAGUCAAUCCAUCUCCUAUUCUGGGUGUGUUUCCCAGGUAUAUUUUUUCUUAUUGUUUGGGUGUAUUGACAACUUCCUUCUUACCUCAAUGGCAUAUGACAGAUAUGUGGCUAUCUGUCAUCCCUUGCACUACACUACUAUCAUGAGUCAGAGCCUAUGUUUCCUGCUAGUAAUUGGGUCCUGGGUCUUUUCCUCUGCUAAUUCCCUAGUGCACACUGUCCUCCUAACCCGUCUUUCUUUCUUUAGAGACAACACUCUGCCCCACUUCUUCUGUGACCUCUCUGCCUUGCUUAAGUUGUCUGGUUCUGACACCACUAUUAAUGAAUUGGUUAUCCUCACUUUAGCUGUAGCAGUGAUCACUGUGCCAUUCAUAUGCAUUCUUGUCUCAUAUGGCCACAUUGGGGCCACCAUCCUGAAAACUCCUUCCAUCAAAGGACUCUGCAAAGCCCUUUCUACAUGUAGCUCUCACCUAUCCGUGGUUUCUUUGUACUAUGGAGCAAUUAUUGGGCUGUACUUUAUCCCCUCAUCCAAUAACACUAAUGACAAGGAUGUCACUGUGGCUGUGUUGUACACUCUGGUCACACCCAUGCUGAAUCCCUUUAUCUACAGCCUGAGGAACCAGGAUAUGAAAGGAGCUCUGGAAUAUAUCCUAAGAAGAACCUUUUCAAUGUGA